CGGGAGCGGGAGUUGGGCUUGGGUGAUCUGGAAACCCGAGCAGAAGUGAGACACUUCGGGUUUUGAGAGCAAAACGUGGCUUGUCUUGCUCGUGGGGGCAGCUCCGGCAGUUCCUUGUGGCAGUAUGUGUACAGCUCUAAACUGAGCAUGGAUGAGGAAGAACCCCAUGAAACGUGUGCCUGCAACGGGGAAGGCAAGACCAACUCAGACAAGGUGAUCUCCAAUCAUGUGCGCAUGAAAAAGUGGCAGGCUGCCCCGGAUAUUUUUCAAGACAGGAAACACUUUGUGAAGAAGAAAGCCGUUGAGAAACCAUCAGAAAAUGGACAAGAGAGUCUGCUGAAGCGCGACCUGUUUAAUUCGGUCGUUAUUUACUGCAUCGCUGCAUUUUCCGGCGUCCUGUGGCACCUCCUGUGCUGGAUUCCUCCUCGUCAAUUUUUGUCACUCUGGAGCAAGUGGCUUGCAGGCCGCAAGACUCCAGUGACAAGUCCAGGCUCCAUCCAGGCUGGACAGUUCCGAUGGCACCAGUUUUUCCUUGUGUCUGCCCUUCUCCUAGAAGGCUGCUCUGGUUCCUCCUCACACACCCUCCACUAUUCCUACACCUAUGUGUCAGAGCCCAGCCAGGGGCUGCCCCACUUGAGCAUUGAUGAGUACGUGGAUGACCAACUUGUCGCUCACUAUGACAGCAACACCCAGAGCUAUUUCCCUCGGACCACAUGGAUGGAGGAGCUGAAAGAGGAGGACCCGGACUGGCACUCGUACACCGAUUUAGCCCAGAACGCUGAGGAUGGUUUCAAAAUCAACCUGGUUACCCUGGGGAAUUACUACAACCACAGUGAGGGGUUUCACACCCUUCAUUGGAUGUACGGCUGUGAACUCAGCGAGGACGGGCACAAGAGCGGGUACGACCAGGACGCUUACGAUGGGAGGGACUUCAUCAGCUUUGACAAGGAGACCCUCACCUGGACGGCUGCCAGUGUGGAGGCCCAACGCUCCAAAAGGAAUUUGGAGAAGGAUCCGUCUUUUGCCAAGCACGUAAAACACUACCUGGAGGAAAUCUGCAUUGGGUUGCUGGAGAAGCGCCUGGACCAUGGGAAGGAGGUUCUGCUAAAGAAAGAUCCUCCCGUGGGGAAGGUGACGUGCAUGGCCAAGGCUACUCAUGACGGCGUGGAGACCCUCGUCUGCCGGGCCCACGGCUUCUACCCCAAGGAGAUCGACGCCACCUGGACGAGGGACGGGGAGAACAUGGACCAUGCGACCUUCCGUAAAAGCGUUGCAACCAGUUCAGACGGGACCUACCACACCUGGCUCGGCAUUGAGAUUGACCCCAAGGAGAGGGACCUCUACCAGUGUCACUUGGACCAUGCCGGCCUGCCAGAGCCUCUGGUCUUGGCCUGGGAGGAGCCUGAGGGAUGGCAGGUCACCAUGUGCGUCAUUGGCGGGGUCUUGGCUGCUGUCCUGCUGGUCACUGGGAUCGUCUAUUGGAUCAGAAAGCAGCAAAAGAGAAAGAUCUACAAAGCAGCGUGGGCAUGGUAGCCUGUUGGUGCAUGAGAUGGGACCAGAAGACGUCCACCAAAACUUUUGCUGAGAAAUUACAGUGCUGUCAGGUAUAGGCCUUGUACCUAGUGGUUAGAUUUAUUAGGAAAUGCUUUGGGAAUGUCAGAUGUUCCAAGCAAGCUUAUCUCUGUAAUCAUACGCGGCAUCUGGAGAAGCUGUUAUUGGCGAACCCUAUUCACACACCCCUCUCUGAGCGUUUGCCUUAAGGAUCGUUUCAGAAAAAAAGAGCCUAAAGCUUCCUAAUCAUCGUUCAGCUUUAAGUGUGUUUUGGAGACUCUGUAACCAUUAGGCUUGUCUACCGUGUCAUUUCCUCAAUAAAUGAUUUUACACACAUUAAA